GUGAUGCUGCAGAUAUUUCAAAAAUAAACUAGACUUGCUAUGUCGACACUGGUAAAUAAAACGCAAUGAGGCGGAAAGCUAAAACUAAAGAGCAAAUUCAUCAAAACUGAGGAUACAGGGUUAGCAUAAACAGCUAGCUAACGUUAGCUGGUUACAGGACAUGAAAGAAUGGAAUUCUAAUGUGAGACAAAGUGCUCCAUCAUGGAUGACUCAGACCAGGAUUUUGUGGAUCUUUGCUCUAAGCUGCUAAAACGAGUCCGCAAGAAACCAGGUGAGUCAAAACAGCCAAAGAGAGCAGUGCAUAAGCCCUCCUGUCAGGCAAGCGAUGGAGAUAAGAGGAGAAGAAAUACCAAGAGAGAUGCUGACUCUGGGUCUGUUAGUACUGCUGCUGCGGAGGGAGAAAAGCCUGUGGUGUGUGGAGGGACUGAACAUGAUGCAGGAGAGGCAGAGGUGUCAGCUGCACCUUCAACAGCAGCAGGACAGAGAGCAGAGAGAGGUUUAACGGCAAAAGAUAAAGUCCUCCACAGAAUGCAACAGUUCAAGAGAGCCAGUCCACAGAAGAUGAUGCACAAGGACCAGAGGGAGCCAUCACACCAGGAAAGUGAUCCUCCUUCACAUCUGACACCAAGACUGGAACCUCCAGAGUCCCUCAGCUCAGCUCUCCUUUCGGGCCCCCAGGACAGUGAUGAGGCUCUAGCCUUGCAGCUGCAGCAGGAGCUGGACAGGGAGGCAGCAGUGGUUCAGACUGUGGACUUGGAGGAAGGAGGCCUCUUUUUCUGUCAGAUCUGCCACAGAGAUCUGUCACAUAUGACACCGGAAGGAAGAACGCAGCAUCUCAACAGGUGUUUGGAUGACAGUGAAGAGAGCGCCCCAGCACCCCCUCCUCCACCUCCCGGUAUCCCCGACUGUCCAAUCUGUGGAAAGAAGUUCAAGUCCCACAAGAGUCGCUCAGCCCACCUGAAGCGCUGCUCCUCAGAUAUGGGUGUUGCUCCGGCGGUGCUGCUGCAGGCGCUGCACAGACAGACCGAGGAGACCCCGAAUGUCCCCCCCACCAACCCACUAAUAGAGACCGGUGGCAAUAAAAGAAAAGGCCCACCCAAUCCGAGCAUCCGACCGAGGAAGAAGCCCAGGAAAAAGAUCGUGCUGCUGGACGAAGACACCAUGGUGGCCCUGGCUCUGUCCUCCUCGCUGCUGGAACAGGAGCAACAGAUUGAGAGGAUGACAGAGAGGCAGUUACAAACAGCUGCCCCGAACACCUCCAUGACUGCAGUGUUGAAGUGGAGGCCAGACAAGGGUAAGGGUCGUGGAAAGAGGAAAAAGGGAGGUGUCCCCUGUCCUCCCCCGCUCCUCCUGGUGCAGGAUGCCGAGGCGGCUCUGACGAGGCUGCAGGAACGCGUUUCUGCUCUCCUCUUACGCAGUCGGGCACCUUCUCCCCCCACCCCAACCCGCUGCCCCAGCAGCCUGCCUGGCUGGAGCGGAGCUGCCCCCCUCUGGCAGAAGAGCACACUACUCGACAGAGCCUCCACCUGUGCGUCGGACUUCUACACCCCUGAGCUCAGAGAGUUCAUCACACCUUGGGAACUGGCAACGCCGACUGAAGCUACCAAAAACCCCAUCAACAGGCCUGACACUCCCGUUCUACCUGUGAGUGAAGGAGCUCCUGACUCAGGGACCAGGGUCUCCAUUCUUCCAGCCUCCACCCCCCAGAUGGCCCCCUCCACCCCGGGGACAGGGCAGCUUCCAGCCGGCAGCCAGGCUCUCCUGAUGGAGCUGAUGGAGCUGGCUGAAGACGGUGUUACCCUCACCCAGUGUGGUCACAUCGCUCCAGGCCCUGACAAAGAUAAGGGUGGCAGUCAGAUCACAAACCUCCAUCUGAGCGGCUUCGUCCUGGACGAGCCUGAGGAGCCGGCUGGUGUGAGCAGCUUCCUGCCAGAAACUGCACACACUCAUUUAGACACCCGCGGCCAAGCGAGGAGGAAAACAGAUCCUCCGGGGGCAGAUCAAGAGCGCCAAACAGUGGCACAGUGCAGGCUGGCCUCAGACCUGAGCAGCAUGGUGAACAACCCUCAGCUCAGCGACCUGCAGCUGCAGGUGGACAGCGGAGAUGUCUUCUUCGCUCAUUCCUUCAUGGUGUACGCUCGAUGCCCCCUGCUGGCUGAAAUGGUACAUGAAAGUGGUUUUGGCGUGCAGGAGGAAGGUUCUCCUGCAGCUCAGAGGGUGCUGUUGAAUGAUGUCCCGGGACAGGCCGUGUUAGCUUUGCUGCAGUAUCUCUACACCGCCCGCUGCUCCAUAACACCGCCGCUUAAACCUCAUGUUCUGGAGCUAGCAUCCAGGUUUGACCUGCAGGAGCUACAGCAGCUAUGCGAGCCUGAGUGCUUGCUGAAGCAGGAGGAGUACACCAACGAACAAAUGCAGCAGACCCUCAGUGAGCUGCUGCGCUCCAUGUGGGACGAAGAGGAUGAAGACGACGUGGGUGGGGAUACAGACAGAGGAAGGGAUGAAGAGCAAGAACUGGAAGAAGGUCAUCAAGCCGAGGACCUCCCAUCAGGUGACAGAGAGAUUGGUGAAGAGAAGGUGAAUGAGGAAGAGCUGGAGGAGAUCUAUGAGUUUGCAGCAACGCAGAGAAAAAGGGAGGAGGAAAAAGACAGCAUUGAGGAGGAGGAGGAGGAGGAGGAGGAGGAGAAGGUAGAUGAGGAAGAAGGUGGAGAUGAAGUAUUCGCGAAACUGACAGAACCAGAAAGAAGCUCAGCAGGCUUCAACGAAAAAGAGCAUUUGCAAAUAGAGCCGGACCCCAGCCUGGAGCGCAGCUACUGCCGCCUCUUCUCCGAGUCCUGGGGGGUCUACGAAGAACACCCUCCUUCAGUACCCUCCACAUCCGGCCUCUGUAGAACACACACCCCUCAAGCCCAACAAUUCCCCCAUAAACCCUCUUUUCACCUGUCUGGAAGAACUUUGCUCCAGUCUUCAGCGAGUGUAGUUGAGGACCUUUCCCCCAGCCCUCCACCCAGCACCUCCAACCUGCCCAUACCGGGUCAGUCUCCUGGGCCCGAGGGUGACGGAGAAGAGGGUCAAACUUCGAAGCGAGAAAGCCAAGGUCGGCGUAGUUUUCCCGUUCCCCAGUCCCGAGAUUCACCUCAGGGAAAAAAUGAACCCGAGCUCAUAGUUUUGUCCGACUCAAGCGAGGACACGGAGGUUGUUCUUAGUUCCCGCAGUCCCUCACCACAUUCCCCUCGUGUCGUCCAUAAUCUGCAGAGCUACACCCAGAUUAAACCGCAGCCAGCUCUGAAACCUAAUGACCCCACCCUGGAGAAUAAACAGUGUGGGAGUUUAGAGUUGAGUCCUGAUGGAGAGCCGGGUCAGAGUCCUUCAAGUCUGGUGGACUGCUCUCCGGAAGUUUCCUGGCUGAUCCCAUCCACGCCGCUCCAGACCAGCAGAGGCUCCAACAGAAGCUCCACGCAGACUAAAAGCAGCAUGUGCAGGAUGCAGCUGUUCCCUAAAGCAGACACUUCCUCCCUCUCAUCCUUCUCUUCUCCUGCCUUACCUUCUAACGACAGACCGCACACCUCCAGAAGUCCAACCAGAGUUUCAGCCCACGUUAUCCAGACAGAAGCAAACGCUUCUAAGUUCAAACUGCACAGUUUUAGAAGAAGCAGUUCUUCUGGUGCGAGGAAAGAUAGAAGAGUGUUUGCAGUUUCCCCAUCCCAACCUAAUCUCUCCAUCUCGACUUCCUCAAAGCAGGAUACCUCCCCCCACAUCCAGCCUCCCGCCCGGCUUUACAGCAGCACUCCCCUGCACACGGAGCUCCACAAAGCCCCGGUUCUUCUUACAACCUCCCCAUUCCACAGCAGCCCCGAUAGGAGCUGGACGAGUCAACGAGAGGACAGGGCGCCAUCGGAAAGCAAGGAGAAGACCGAGUUGGGGAGCUUUCAUUUUUCCCCGCUGUCCGACCCUUCAGAUCGACCUUCGUCCUGCUCUCUCAGAGGUCGUCACAGACACAGCGAGUCCUCGAGUCAAAACCGGCGCUCUGUUGACAGUCACAGCAAAUCAGGGUCUGAGCUCGAGAGAAGGGGGAUAAGACAGGAGGAUGGACAAAGAGAGACAGAGUGUGAAUAUAGAGACAGAGGUGAUGAAGAAGAGCAGGAUGAAGCUGAAACUGGAGAGGCAGAAGUCGCCGAGUCCAGUUUUAGGCAGAGCUUCAUGGACGAGCCCCCCAUCGCGUUCAACGACUCGUGGGGUUUGGACGCCUGCGUGGAUGAGAACCCCGGCUGCUUCAGUCUGAGGAUGGAAGACAGCGGAGCAUCCAGCCUGGCAAAAGAUCCGGCAUCUUCCACUGAGCAUCAGACUCCACCCUCCAGCCUCAGGCCCAUCCCCUCUUCAUCCAAAGCCUCCUGCACAGCGGCACAUAAAGAUUUCUCCUUCACGCCUUCACCUCCUGACCCCCCCAACCGCACCACAACAGAGAUUGCGAACAGCCUCCUGGCCUCUAACAUAUGGGACAGCUGGGAGGAGGAGGAGGCUCUUCCUCUCUGUCAGAGGCUGAACCCCUCUGCCCAGCUCAAAACACCAGUACCUUCGCACAAUAAAAGGCGCCGCACCCUGGUGCCCAUCACCCCCCUGCCCCAGUAUUCAGACAUGGACACCCCGGAGCUGAAGACCAAACUCAACAGGUUUGGUGUUCGGCCUUUACCCAAGCGCCAGAUGAUCCUCAAACUGAAGGAGAUCCACCAGUACACGCACCAGCUGGUCAGCUCCGAGGAGGAGGAGGAGGCCCCCCCGGCUCAGUUGAAGCCCCCUCCUACCUCUUUAGCCUCCUGCACCCAGAGAGUGAAGUUCAGAGAGCCCCAAGCGCCCGCUGCGGUCUCCCCUCUGAAAGCCAGCAGAGAGGAGGCUGAGGCGCUUUCUGCCUCCCAGGGCUCCAACACCUCCUCCACUGCCGCCAGCGAGGAGUCUGAGAGGUCCAACCCUGAGCUGUGCCUCUCCUCAGACUCUGACAGCGACGGCGGCCUCUCUGCCUCCCAGUCAGUGAACCGUCUUCAGGAUUGCCUCCGGGCGGUGCGCUCCUUCAUCCUGUCAGAUUCCGCACUCUACAGUCAGAUCGUCCAGUACCAGCCUCUGGUCUUGUCGCAGCUGCAGGAGCGGCUGAAAGCAGCAGGGAUCCGCCUCGCUGCUGCCAAGCUGGUGGACUACCUGGACUCUCAGUGCAUCACCUUCACCACAGCCAAGCCAGGACACCGUGCACCUAGCCGCAGGCGGGGCAAGAAAACCGGCACCGAGGCAAAGGCAGCGGGCAGGAAAAAAGCUGUUACAGCCAACAUAUGAAAAUGAAGGACUGCAAAGCCGCUUUGGCUGGUGGCUGGUGUUAACUAGUUCUUUGAACAUUUGUCUGUAAAUUACAUUAGGCAGAAGAGGCCAUGUUUGAGCUCGGACAGUAAGACCUUCAGCUUUUACCGUGCUUUUGCAAACUAUUUAAAGGAACCAAUGUUUAUUUACGGCAGGUUUUGUUACUUAACUUUUUUUGCAUUAUGAAUCCACUGUGAAAAUAAAAAAAAUGGUUAAUGUUGCGGUGGUAUAUUGCACAAUAGAUUUGACACACUCCACUUGUGCAUGCGAUGGUAGUAAGAAAACGGUACCUCAACAGCCUUGCAUUGAAAAACCAUCUGUAAAAUGUGCACUGGUUGAUUACAAAUGAA